UGUUGCAGCACCAGAGCAAGCAAGCGAAGAAGAAGGAGAAUAGGAGUAGGAGGAGGCAGGGGUGAGAGCGAGGAGGGAUUGUGAGCAACGGAGCGCAGCGAUGGCAUCGUCAUCGGAGAGGCGAGGCAUUCCAGCAGCAACUUUCGUGAAGGACGUGCAAGAGUUUUUGGUGCAGUACGAUGGCAACCCGGGGACGUGCUUAACAGCCCUUCAGGAGAGGCUGCAGCAAUACAAGCUGGCGGAGAUGAAGCUUCUAGGGCAGAAGCGCGACCUGCUGGCGAAGAUUCCCGACAUCCGCAAGUGUUUGCAGGUGGUGGACCUCAUGAUGGCGAAGAAGGGCAGCGAGGAGCCUCUGAAGAUGGAUUUCGAGGUCGCGGAGGGAAUUUAUGCGCAGGCGGAGUUUCAGGAUACCGAGACAGUGUGCUUGUGGCUUGGGGCCAAUGUGAUGCUGGAGUACGGGUGUGAGGAGGCGAAGGAACUAUUGACUCGGAAUUUGGACACCGCGAAUAAGAGCUUGAAGUCGAUCGUGGAAGAUCUGCACUUCUUGCGUGACCAGAUGACCAUUACUGAGGUGACCAUUGCUCGUGUGUACAACUGGGAUGUGCAUCAGCGGAGGAAGCAGCGGGCGAUUAGACCUGAAGCCGACACGGCAGUUGCUUGAUGUGGUAGAUGAGAUUUAUCAGGGCUUGUCUCGAACUCUGUACUUAUGUUCUCGUUUUUUUUGAGGGGAGGUAAUUGAAGUGAUUACAAGGUCAACUGUCAUCGUGUGCAAAGUAUGUCGGGAAUACCUGGAGGUGAUAUUUGAGAUUGGUCAGCUGGCCUAAUUAUGCGAGGAGAACAGCAGAAGAAAGCGUAGCGAGUAUAACUGUCAACCAAAUGCUAGGGUUUUCACUUCGAGCCUGCCCUCUGGCUCGUAGGUUACGCACGGUGCGAUCGCAAUCAAGUUCUUGAGGCACUUCCUUGAUUAGGUUGCAAGCAGCGCUAGGUGAAAUUGUGCUGUAAGAAAUCAAUGGCUUGUAUCAUUGGGUAGUAUUUCAUGUCAUGCUUACCCUAUCCCUAAGACUAAUGGCGAAUAUAGCGAACUUGAAUUGAGGGGUAGGCUGUAGUGGUAUUAGAUGUUCUUACAGUUUUUGGUUCUCUUUCUCCAUGUUACGUUGUUCAAUGAAGUGAUAAUUCUGUUCUAAGGAAUUUCUGAUGUCUUUGUCAUGUAGUUUCUGUCUCAGUAACAAAUUAUUUUUUUAGGUUUAAUAAUUAUGUGAGGUAAUAGAAUUAACCUGAAGGUUACCGUGACAUUCUGGAAGUGCUCUCUUUGUUAUCUUACUCAGCUCUUCUUACCAAGCCCUCAGUCUGCCCAGAUAAAGUUUAUUACUGGAAUAUAUGUAGAAUUGUCUUCCCACAGCUGAUCUUCAUACAUCUUAAAAGUUUCAGUUUGAUAUUA